ACAUCGAUCAUUUAUCAAUACAACACAACAAAUAUGAUUUCUUCUUUUUCAUCUACAAUGUUGAUCAGAUCCAUCCUUAAAAAGCAAUCAUCAUUGUCAUCUUAUAAUAAUAUACUACGUAGGAAUAAUUAUUCAUCAUCAUCAGAAUGUGUCCCGCCGGCACGUAAAGUGGUCGUGCUGGGAGCAGCCGGGGGUAUCGGGCAGCCUCUUUCACUUCUCAUGAAACUAAAUCCACUUGUAUCUAUGCUUUCUCUUUAUGAUAUCGUUGGCACUCCAGGUGUCACUUCUGAUCUUAGCCAUGCUAACACCAGAUCCCAGGUGGUUGGCUAUAUGGGUGAAGGAAAUCUUGGGAAGGCGUUGGAGGGAGCCGAUCUAGUCAUCAUUCCAGCUGGUAUUCCAAGGAAGCCGGGAAUGACCCGUGAUGAUCUUUUCAAUAUCAAUGCUGGAAUUGUUAAGGGUCUAUGCACUGCAAUUGCCAAGUACUGCCCUCAUGCACUUGUUAAUAUAAUCAGCAACCCUGUCAAUUCCACUGUGCCCAUUGCUUCUGAGGUUUUCAAAAAAGCGGGUACUUAUGAUGAGAGACGGCUGUUUGGUGUGACUACACUUGAUGUUGUUAGGGCGAAGACUUUUUAUGCUGCAAAAGCUCAGGUUCCGGUUUCUGCUGUCAACGUACCUGUUGUCGGUGGCCAUGCUGGCAUUACCAUUCUGCCGUUGUUUUCGCAGGCCACACCAAAAGCAGAUAGCUUGUCAGAAGAAGAGAUUACUGCUUUAACCAAGCGAACACAAGAUGGUGGAACAGAGGUUGUGGAGGCAAAGGCUGGAAAGGGUUCUGCCACACUCUCAAUGGCUUACGCCGGAGCCCUAUUUGCUGAUGCAUGCUUGAAAGGACUUAAUGGGGUACCUGAUGUUGUUGAAUGCUCAUUUGUGGAAUCAAACGUUACUGAAUUGCCAUUCUUUGCCUCAAAGGUGAGACUUGGGAAAAAUGGUGUGGAAGAAGUGCUUGGCCUAGGGCCGCUUUCAGACAAUGAGAAACAAGGAUUGGAAGCUCUUAUCCCCGAAUUGAAGUCAUCUAUCGAUAAGGGAAUAAAGUUUGCCAACCAAAGUUAAAACUGGCUGGCAAUGAGUAGCAUGGACAAAUUUUGCAUAUGGUUUGAAGUUUGUUGUACCUCGAUCAUCAUGAGACUCUAGUUUGGUUAAUUGCACAAUAAAAAAGAAGCAAAUUGCUCACCAAAUGCAUUUGUACUUGAUACCCUGCAUUGUUAUUAUCAACUUAAGUGUUAACUUUUUU